AUGGAAGAUUUGCGCAAAGAAGAUAAACCAGCGUGGAGCUUGGAGGCUGGCGACCUUCCUCCUGUAGGUUUAGGCGCGGAUACAGCGGCCCUGGAGCAGUUUGCCAACCUCGACAGAAAGCUGGAGGAGAAAGCUGUCGCGCCACCGAAAGGCACCGCCUCUGCCGAAGAACCUCCCGAGGAAGGUUUAGGCACAGAUACAGCGGCCCUGGAACAGUUUGCCAACCUCGACAGAAAGCUGGAAGAGAAAGCUGUCGCGCCACCGAAAGGCAGCGCCUCUGCCGCAGAACCUCCCAAGGGAGGUUUAGGCACAGAUACAGCGGCCCUGGAACAGUUUGCCAACCUCGACAGAAAGCUGGAGGAGAAAGCUGUCGCGCCACCGACAGGCACCGCCUCUGCCGCAGAACCUCCCGAGGGAGGUUUAGGCACAGAUACAGCGGCCCUGGAGCAGUUCGCCAACCUCCAUAGAAAGCUGGAGCAGAAAGUUGUCACGCCAUUGGGAGGUCUAGCCGCCGAUGCAGCAAGCUCCAAUGAUUCCGUCGGUAGACCCCUCCAAGUGUUGGCCCCUCAACUUCCUGGUCCGGGGGCCUAUCACGUGGAAGGAAUUGGUGGUUCCAAUCAAGAUGUGAUGGUGGUACCCGAGGCACCCGAGACGACGCUAGAAGAAGACGUGGAAGGGCUGCCGGUUGCAUCCACUGUGGACGGCAACUUGAACCUUCCAACUGCCCAGCCGGAAGGCGAGAGACGCGAACAACGUGACAAGACACUGGGCUCACUGCCCUUUUUUUUGGCCUGGAUCGUUUGUCUUGGUGUCCUGGUGCUCGUGCUUGUUCUAGUGCUGGGAAGUAAGAAAGAGUCACCAGCAAGCGACCCCAAGACGGAUCAAGACAGCGCCACCGCGGAGGCCUCCGGCUCGAACGCUGGAAAUGACUCGAGCCUUGCGUUUGACUGGUAUGAGCAAUGGACGCUCGAAACGUUUCCCAACCACACCUUGGAGGCUAUAAUGGAAACUGACUCACCUCAAUUUCUGGCAAACCAAUGGCUGGAGGCAGAUUUGGAAAUCAACAACUUCACCUUUCCCAACAACAGAUCUCUACAGCGGUUUGCUCUGGCAACGCUCUAUUAUGCAACCAAUGGAGAUGAAUGGGUGGACAGCACUAACUGGUUGAAUCAUUCAGUGCACGAAUGUCUCUGGUUCUCCCGCAAUGGAUUAGUCGACGACGGCAAGCAUAAUCCUGGUAUUUUGGAAUCCAAUCUCAAUCAAAGAAUUACUCAUCCCAGCGCAUGUGCGCUCCCAUUAACGAUGAAUCAAAGUGUGUCAGUGGAAGACAAUGGCUUGUUGUACAGGAAUCUGUGGCUUCAAUCCAAUGGGCUUCGAGGAGCCGUCCCUCUGGAGUUCUAUUGGCUGACUGGGCUUCAAAACGUAGCUUUCUUCAACAAUGCGCUUGCUGGCUCUAUCUCAUCCCACAUUGGAAGACUCACGGACCUGGAACGCAUUUCAUUCACCACUUCACAGAUAACGGGGACAAUCCCAACAGAGCUGGGACUUUUGUCCAACACAAUGAGACGGCUGACCCUUUCCAUCAACCGGAUGGAGGGCACCCUACCAUCAGAGCUGGGUUUGUUACAUCAAAUGAAUUUCCUAGUGGUUGAUGAGAAUCAUUUCACUGGGACAAUCCCAACGGAGCUGGGCAAUGCAUCAAACUUGAAAGACUUUGCCUUGACACUGAACCAAAUGACUGGUUCUAUUCCUGCUUCCAUAUUCAGCUUGCCGCUUACAUAUUUAGCAUUGGAGGACAAUGACUUCUCUGGCUCUGUCCCAACAGAGAUUGGACAGUCCACUGAUCUGUUUGUGCUAUAUUUAGAGAGAAACAGCUUGACUGGGUCUCUUCCUACUGAGUUGGGCCACCUCGGUGCCUUGUACCAUGUCUAUGUGGCUGACAACCAAAUCACUGGACCUUUGCCCACAGAGUUGGGACUCAUGUCAAGUUUGAAUGUCUUUGUGGCUUAUUCCACUCUGCUAUCAGGGAGCAUUCCAACAGAAUUGGGAGGGUGCUCCAUUCUGGCUUGUCUUGAUGAUUGGCAACAGCAGGCUACAAGGAACUAUCCCUUCAGAAUUUGGCCUCUUGCCACUUGA